AUGUCAGACGCUGUCAAAUCAGCGGCAUCAGAUGCAAGAGAUAUCUGGGAGGUUGUUGGUGGUGCAGUUCACGGAGGCCUUGUUGUUCGACGAGGUCAUGACUUCGGGAGCACGCUGCUCAACUCCAGACUGGGCCAAGGUUCACUAGUGCAACAGGUUUCGCUCAUCCACGGGCGCUUGCGCUACGUCAAAAUUUCUGGCGAGGGUCCUGAUCAUGGUUGGGUGAGCCUUCGAGUCGGCAGCAAGCAGCUUUUGCGGCAUGUCGAUGUAGUAUCAUCGACUAAGCUGCGCACUCGGUCAUUUGGAAGCCCAGGCUUCAUCCUUUGCAUCGGCGACUCCCUGACUGCCGGUGGAUAUCCUGCGCUGCUCCAGGGCUUGUUUUCCGUGGAUUCUAGCCUGCCAGUCGUUGUGAAAGACUUUGGGGUCCGUGGCGCAUCGGUCUUGCCUAUGGCUGGAGGACCAUGUGUCGCAUAUUCCAGCUUAGCUCGGCUGGAUGCAGAAUUGCGGUGCAAUCCUCCCGAUGCGAUUAUUGUCAUGCUCGGCACGAACGAUGCUCGGUCGGCUCAUUGGAAUGCAGAGAUGCUAUGGGCAGCCGACGGUUGGUGCUCAUCGCGGUGCCUCCGAGAGUCACAUCGAACGCUUGGGGCAUUGAUGUGGACAUCGCGGACAACGACCUUGCAAACGCUGUGGAAGUGGUUGCGCAAAAGAUGGGGAUGCCCUUGGUCAAUCUGCGGGAUGUUCUCGAUCCGAUUGCAGCAUUCGUCUCGGAUGGUGUUCACCUCACACAGGCUGCUUCGGCUUUGGUCGCAGAGAAUGCCAAGCGAGCCCUUCUUGCUGCCAGCGGGGCGGAAGCCGUGUUGGCAAAAAACCGCAGGAUGCAAAGACCCGAUGCUCCACCGGAACUUGAUGGGCGAUUAG